AUGAUGGCACCGGAGCCGGCCGUGCUACCCGACGACGCCCUCGCGGAGGUCCUCCGGCGCCUCGCGCCGCACGUCCUGGCCGCGGCCCGGCGGGUCUGCAAGGCGUGGCGCGACGCCGUCGACGCCCGCCUGCGCGGCAGCCUGCUCUCGCGCUCGGUGCGCGGCAUCUUCAUCAACUUCAACCAGCAUAGCUGCUUCUCCGAGUUCUUCUCCCGCCCCUCGACGGGCCCGGCGAUUUGCGGGGGGCUCGACUUCCUGCCCUGCAUGGGCGUCCAGGUCACGGACCAUUGCAACGGGCUCCUGCUCUGCGGCGAACGGAUGAACGAGGACCGUGCGCUGCCGCGUGAGUACGUCGUCAACCCGGCCACGCAUCGGUGGGCGCGUCUGCCCCAACGCCCUCGGCCGCACAUGCCGGGAUUCGAUCAGACCGCCUACCUCGUGUUCGAUCCCGCCGUGUCGACGCACUACCAGGUCUUUCUGAUCCCACGCUUGCCAGCGGCCGGCGAAUCGGAUGAGGACGAAUCGGACGACGACGAGUGGCCUCCCGCGUCAUACGUGAUGCAUGUGUUCUCUUCGGUGACACAACGGUGGGACGAGACGACCUUCCUUCGGAAAGGGGAGGCUGCAGGGAUCGUCGGCAACAUGGAUUCGGAUUUGUGGUAUAAACAGCAUCGUUAUCAUGCCGUCUACUGGCAAAGCACGCUCUACAUUCAUUGCCAGCAUGGCUAUCUUGCGAGGAUGUCCUUGUCAGAUCUCACGUACAAAAUAAUCAAGCUACCAGGUGCCUGUGAAUUGAGAGGUUAUCCGAACCACCAUCUGGGGAGAUCACUGGGAGGGGUUUAUUGUGCGAUACUUAUUAAUGGCUGGAGUCAACUUCAGCUUUGGUAUCUCAAUGAAUCGUACGGUCGAAUUGAGUGGGUGUUAAAACAUGAUACCUUUCUUGGAAAGACCUUUGAACGUGAGGACUAUGCUCGACAACUGGCCAAACGAUGGAUCUUGCAGGAUGUUAACUACUGUAAGUGGUCUUUCAAAUACCCUGAGGAUUACACAACACAUGCAAAUUACAAAGCGCCGGUGGAAGAGAAAUAUGAUUGGAACUCCGACGAGGAUAACAUUCUUGACAAUGAAGAUGAUGUUCAAGGGGGUUGCCGUGACAACUAUUAUUUCCUUGGGUUUCAUCCUUGUAAAGAGGUUGUCUUCUUGAUUGCAUCAGGGAUAUCAGCCAGGGGACUGGCCUAUGACUGGAACAACUCGAAAUUCCAGGAUUUGGGCACUUCAUGUCCGACAGAUUACGACGACUUCGACAGACGACCAUGCGGAGAGACGGACUCAUCUUUCCCAUACACGCCUUGUUGGAUGGGUGUGUUUGCUGGUAACGAAUUAGAAUCUCUACUUGAAGAUGAGAAACUAUAUAGAAAAAAGUUGGAACAGAAAUCUCAACGUAAAGAGAAAGCCACCUUUACCUUCAUGGACGAGUAUGAGCUGCGCAAGCAUCGCGGGCACACCAAGAGAGUCAAGGAAUCUAACGCCAAGAAUCGUCGUAGACGCGCCGUAUAG